UCAGCACUGUCCCUGUACAAAUUUUCCCUCACUGCGCGCGUGUGUGUGUGUCCGGGUGCCUAUACAUUGGUAGAGAAAAACAAAAGUUUUACCUGACCACGUACAUCUAUUUCGCCAUUUUGCUUGCAGUUGCACGCAUAAACCCACUGGCAGUGCCGUUGCUGUGCGAACCAGGACGGCGGCGAUUGUGCUCACUGUGGUUGUAUGAUAUUCCCACGGAAAUCACACACCGUCAGAGAGAGUGCACUACCCGGGCCCUGCAUUUUGCGAAACUGCUGCGUAAUCGACUUUCGUUUGUGCAAUCGAGAUAAAGCGAAGCUCCUUUCCUCUGUCUCGAUUACGGUACCGUUCCGGGCGCCAGCGCUUCACCAACCACCCACCCCCCUGCCGGUACACAUCAGGUCCGGGUGACGUGAUGAGGAAAUGAUUCAUGCUUCCUCGAACAUCGAUCCGCACGGCAGUGACACUAUCAUCCGCUCGGUUCCAUCGCCCGUGCCAUCAUCACUGCUCGCGUGGUGGUUCCAGUGCGGAAAGACGGAAGCACAGCAGGAACAGCAGCAGCAGGAUCCGCUCGGACCGACCGGCUGCCUGGAGGUGAUUUACGGUAUCGCGCUGCACUACCUACACGAAACGCUGGAUCACAUUGCGCUAGUGCUGCUGGCCUACAGUGUACUAUGCGUCGUCCUGUACCGGGUGAUGUUUCACCGUGCGACCGGUGGCUCGCGCUUAGGUCGAUGGUUGGUGCGCCGAAGCCAUCUGCCACCGUGCAGCCGGGCCCUGCUCGUGACCGCUCAUCCCGAUGACGAGGUGAUGUUCUUCGGCCCGACCAUACUGGAGCUGCGGCGCCGCCAGUGCCGCGUGUUUGUGCUGUGCCUGUCCGAGGGCAAUCACGACCGUAAGGGCGCCGUGCGGAGGCAGGAGCUGUGGGAUGCGUGCGAAAGCAUGGGCGUGCGGCCCGAGGACAUAACGCUCGUUAAUGCGACACAUUUGCAGGACGAUCCGACCGCGGAAUGGAGGGCGGUCACGAUCGCGAACCAGCUGCUCCGCCAGCUGGAAUCGCUCGACGCGGAGCUGCUGAUCACGUUCGACAAGGAAGGUAUCAGCGGCCAUCCGAACCAUAGUGCAAUUUACUACGCGACCGCUUCGCUGUGUCUUUCCGGCAUGAUACCGAACAAUUGUAAAGUAUUAACAUUAGAAACGGUGAAUCUGUGCCGAAAGUAUUUGUCGAUAUUUGAUCUGCCGGCGACGCUGCUGCUAUCUACCAAUUGGGUCAUCCUCAGCUGGAAAGCGCGGCGCGCUGUGCAGAAUGCGAUGCGCUUGCACAACUCCCAGAUGGUGUGGUUUCGCAAGCUGUACAUAAUAUUCUCCCGCUACAUGGUGAUCAAUUCGUUGCGCGAAAUUAACAAAUCCGACGUAGAGUUUGAAAUUUUGGAUACCUAAGUGGUGUGACAGACGCGCAAACAGGUUGCGAGCGCCAACCAAAACAAAACUGUGCACCGAAACAGCUUCCAGAUGCUUCUUCCAUCAGCUGGGACCACCAAAUCACGCACUCCGUCUUGUAGUAAACACCCACAAGAGCACAUCCACCCAGAACGAAUGAAAGCGACGAAGAACAAGAACACGUUCCUAGGAUCCAAAUAAUGCUAACUGAUAAGUACGAUGCGCUUUCGCUAGUCUUCAACUUUAUGUUGUUUUACCCCAUAAGUAGUUGAAUGCAAGAAUUUAUUCAAUAGCCCGAGAGAUAGAGUUAUCGGUCAGGCAGAAACGUGGCCAGUCGGACAAAAUUUGUCCGUAUAUGAAGGCAUUUUUGAGUUGAACUCUGUAUGUUGAGCUUUGCGGUAUUGGGUUCAAAUUGUUUGAAUGUUGUUCAAAAUAAUAUUGGUUGAGAAGCGGGUGAAAAGGUUGAAAUUGUUGUAUGUUUAGAGAAAAAUUUGCUCUAGCUCUAGUCCUUUCCUUCCAUUCGCGUAGGUUCUGUAAAUAGAUCGCUUUCUUCGGGGAGCAGUCGCCUUUC